AUGUUUUCUAAUAAGGUCCGCCAAUGGUUAGGAGUAAAUUUCGAAGGGUGUUCAGGCGGAACACUAGUGAGCUCGCAAUUGGGAGAUUUUCAUUUGUCGGGAAAUGCACUGAAUUACCUGCUUGUGGGUCCUCUGAGUCAGAAUAUUGGAUUGGAAAAGAAUAAUGUCAAUUCUAGAAGCCAGCCUGAGCUCACCAAUUUUAGCGACACAGUGGAUAACUUAAGUCACCCAGCUGAGAUUAUGAGCCAGCCAGAAUCAAAUACGACCCAUUCGGCAAUUAUGAGCCAACCGGUUGCAAGAUCUUUAAGCAUGCUUAGUCCUCAUCUAACCCAAACAUUGAGUCAAUUAUCUAGCCAGCCCAUUGAAGCAACGACACAACUUAAAUCCAUCAGCCAACUGAUGGGCCCGGCCGUGAGUCAGUCUUGGGAUCAAGACUCCGAAUCACAUAAUCCGAGCAAUUCUGUUCUUGCUGCUCGUUUGAUAACUGAAUUCUCUGAAGCAUUGAACCAAACGGCGUUGAAUCAAGCAGAGUCACAGUCCUGUAGAGACUUAUUGUCCUACCCAAGCUAUGCAAAUCCCCUUUCACUUUUGAUAGGGGCUACGGAGAUGCAAAAUGAGAUUGACACCCAAUGCAGCCAACAGGACUCAAUGUUUCAGUCAACUCAGAUCGGUUUCAGUAAUUCUCAAACAUCUAUUAUCUCACCAGAGUUACCAAAGGCUGCAAAUCCUCGGUCUUCUGCAGCAGCUAUUACCCGAGAAGAAAUCGAAGACGCUUUGGCAAACAGCUCCAUCUCUAAACACCGCUCCCAAAAGAGAGAACGCGAUUCCUGUAAAGCAAGCAAAUUUGAGUCAAAAAUUGCUGGCGCCAUAAAGGAGGUCAUAAGAAUCGAUGAUUCUAUUUACGAUUUGAGCGACCAACAGCUAUCUUUAAAAAUUUGCCGAGUAAUGAAGAGCAGAAGCUUUCUCCGCUUGGUCAAAAGGGUUGACACUCUUAUAAAAUCACUACCAGAACAACAUGAAUGA